UGUUGAGCUGUCUCCUGGGCCCCUGGCUGGUUUCAAUUUGCCGUAGCAUAGGCUAUCAAGCGCAGAUCCCGAAUUGCGUAGCUUCCGGGCAGGAGUACCUUCAUAUCCAACUCUGCAGAAAUGUCCGAAUCCUUAUACUCGUCAUGUGCCGAAGUUCUCUCUGUAUGUCAGGCUGCAAAAGAUGACCUUGCCGCUCUCCUCGAUCCCAACACGGGAUUCGCGCCUAGGCUACGACAGUUGUGUCGCGACCAAAUCAUAGAAGCAGAGAACAGCGCGUCCUCUGAUGUCUCCCAGGAGGAACUGGACGCCUUACGGAUGGAGGCAAAUACGUGGGGCCUUCUACAGGCUGUAAUGCCUGCACGAAAAACUGAACCAGAACCAUACGUCCAUCCCCGCACAUUACUCGCAAAAAAUCCAUACACACCCACAUCAACACUAGCACAAGCAAUCAUGCGUGCUUCGGUGCUCCUCACAGAACUCGUCGUAGUACGAGAGUGGCUUCAUGAAACUGCCCCACAACCGCAACAUCCAGAAGCCACCACAGGUUACUGGAAGUUUACAAAACACAACGUUAUGCAGGCUCUACGCACAGGCUCGGGAAUCAGAGAAGGUCUAGUGAAAGAGUUAGACCCUGAUGCUAUGAACAGAGGUGAUGGUCGAUCAUUAGCAGCUGAUGACGCUGGAUUUGAGAAAAGCCUGGCACAAGCGUUGUAUUCAUUUGUGCGCGCCGGUAGAUUGGAUGAAGCAGUUGAAUUAUGUAGAAAAGCACAUCAACCAUGGAGGGCUGCAAGCAUCCGUGGUUCGCUACUGUUUCAGUGGCGGGCUAUUGCAAACGAGCAACGUGAUGACGAUGGCAUCGAUGAUGCAGAGGAUGCAGAAGGAUGGCAAGGAAACCCACGUCGAAAAUUGUGGAAGUCGGCAUGCGCGCGGGCAGCCCUAAACCCCAACCUCCCUGAUCCAGAGCGCAUUCUCUAUGCGGCUCUCGCGCCCUGCCCACAAACAUUCAGUGUCCUAAAGUCCGCGUGUCGGACAUGGGAAGAUCACCUGUGGGCGCAGAUCAGUAUCUUGUGUGAGGAGAAACAGACUGCAGACAUGAUUAAACUAGGCGGUGGCUUCUGGGAUGGAGGCCUAGCAGUAUUGGAAAAUAUGCCCGAGCCACCAUCACAGGAGGAAGAUGCAGCUGAGGAAGAAGAGUGGGAGAAGGAAGCGACAUCUACAUUGGAAACGCUAGGUAGCGUUCACGUGGAGGACGGUCCUCCCGCAGACCACGCAUUUCAUGUCUCUCAGCUAGCAAUCGUCCUUGGCCGGACAAGUUCAUUGCUUGAAACCUUUGCAACUGGACUGAGGGAUGGAAACUUUGAUCCCGAAUCAUCAGAAUAUCCUACAAUGACGCGUUUCUUCGCCCACCUUUGCCUUUAUUUGCAAAUGAUUGACAUCUCAGUGCCGCCGCUCGCUACUCAAGUCAUCCUCGAGGCUUACCUACAAGUGUUGGAAGCUGCAGGCCAACGAGAGUUGAUUGCCAUGUAUGCCGGCGCACUAGGAGACAACGCAGUUGAACGAUACGCGAUGUUCUUGACUUCGCUCGAACUGACCGCGGACAUCAACGAACGUCGAUUAGCAUUGACUCGUGCGCGGGAACAUGGUCUAGACGUCCACAGGGUGGCAGUCGUCACCGCUGAGCGAACAAUUGAUAGAGCAUUCGAGCUUCUACCCCAAUUGAAGGGACCGCUCCCUUCGGUCAUUGCAUUGCAGGCCACUCCCUCAGAUAUCGAGCUCCUGCUACUCCGUUCGAUAGAAUGGACAACAUUCGAGGAUGGAACACACGAUACUGCGUUAGAACAGGCGACUGUCAUUUUGCGGUACUUCCUCGGUUCCGGGAGAGUUUCACUCGCAAAGAACCUCAUCGAGAUGCUUCCGCGUGAACUCGCCUCCAUCGACCAGCCUGAGGAACGAGCCACAGAAUACCUUCACUACAGGCAGUUCUUCACAAUCUGGGACAGCCUUGACCGUGUCGUGGAGUGCCAGAGCCUAGAAGUGUCAAUAAUGAACAGGGACACUAGGGCCGCUUGGUUAAGCGACUACAAGGGACUUAUCGACCAAGCUUACGAUACCGUCGUGAAACUACUCACUUCGGAUUGGAUGAUGCCAGACGAGUCAGGAGACCGCCGUUCUCGUGAACUGGCGCGCAUUCGACAGAUGUACAUCCCUGAGCUUAUACUGCGGCUGCAUGUCAUGCUCUACGCCUCUCGAGAGCAUGUUCCAGAGAACCUGAAACGCGCAUUGGAACUUGCUAAUAUUGUUGCGGAUUCGAGGUAUAAGCUGUAUGAUGAUUUCUUACAGCUCGAUGGUCGGAGACUUGGGGAGUACCUUAAUGCUGUACGCCAGGCGACGAUAGCUGGCUUGGAAGGGGGUGGAUCGGAUCCUUUCAAGAUUAUUUUGUCAUGAUUACCGCAAUCCAUACAAUGUACAGUGGGUUCAGAGUCUAAUAGAGAGACACGACAGCAACUUGGACACCCAACAUACUUAGUAGUAGAUGAAUACAAGAGUGAUCAGUGCUACUGAUCCUAGAUUGGAC